GUAUUGACCAUGUAGAAUAAGUCCCCUCAAGAAACAGAUAGUAUCCGAUCUGUACAACCAAUUUACCAUCGAGCCCUUCAGAAGUAGUACAGAUUCUCACAGUCUUUGAUGAAGACUCUUUCAUUUCCAGGUUCCAGAAAUGACGACCUGCCACGGCGUAACGAAGCAAGGAGCUCCGUGCCCCAUCUCGUUCGACCUUAAUACGGACAGCUUCUGCAAGUACCACACGCCCCAUGCGCGUCAAUGCCUCGGCAUUUCACGCACUUCUGGCCAGCGCUGCAAAUUAAAAUGGGACCUUGACGACUCUGGCUACUGCGUACACCAUCGUUCUCAGGCGUCUACUCCACCUACCACAGCCAUCCCGAACGCCUGUCGAGGCCUCACCAAGCGCGGAACUCCCUGCUCCGUAUCGUGGGGUCUCAACCUCGACGGAUACUGCAAGUAUCACGCACCCAACGCUGCUCAGUGCAAAGGUCUAGCACGUGCCACUGGCCGUCGCUGUAAGAUCAAAUGGGGACUGGACGAUCGAGGCUAUUGCCAGUUUCACCGACGACUGGACGCUCCAGUCUCAAAGCAGUGCGAGGCAGUGGCUGCAGCUACGGGUCGUCGCUGUACGCAGACUGUGGGGAUUGAUGGCGAUGGAUUCUGUACAGCGCAUCGCAUGGUCACGGCAGAGCUGCCAAUGUGUCAGGGGAUGAUGCCAGGAUCGAGUGAACCAUGCAGAUAUAAUGCCAAAAUAGGGUACGACUACUGCUGUGCAGCUCAUGACCCCCAGUACGCGACGUCAUAUGUGGCGCCUAGUGUGUUUAACGACCCAGGAUUGAGGAGCAGUGUGGAAGGAGAUAUUGUCAAGUUGUUCAGGAGCCGAGAUCUGUACCACGGAGAUAAAUUGGAUUUAAACACGGUGGGUGCAGUGGAAUUGGAUCAUAUUCUGGAGAAGCAGUGCUUUGCCUAUGCCAUUCAGAAUUUGGAGUUUCGAGAUGGAGACGAGGAAGCUCAGGAUAUGGCCUUCAUGUUGCGAGAAGAGGUCGUCAAUGAGCUGCCGAAUUUGUGCCUUACACGUGCCACUACGAACAAGAUCAAAGGUGCUGCUGUCUCCAAGUUCCUUGACGACUCGUUGACUGGACAUCGAGGAUCGACUUCGUUCACUGACUAUCUAUUGGCCGAGAAGCGCGAUGAUACUGGGUUAUCACGCGACGUGACUCGAACUAUUAGAAGCGAAAUGGGAUCGGCACUUCGGAGAUGUCAGCGAAAGCUGGCUGAAAUGGGAGAAACCCCUGCGUUCGAUGCACUUGGUGCCGAGUUACAGCAACUGUAUGUGGACAUGGAUCUUCGUACGGCGUAUGGCGGCAAGACAAAGCCAAGGGCUGUGAAAGAGGAGGUUAAGGUCGAUUUUGAAGACAAGGACGAUGAGUACGUGCUGGUUGAUUCUGCCUCGACAGACUCGUGGACAGUGGUGGAUAUUAAGCGAACUGUUAAAGUUGAAAAGCGGCGCCCAACGCUGAGCGUGGAUGCAAAACCGUUCGUACCUGGGAUUGGAUUAUCAACACCGGAUUCACAGAAGAAUGUCAAAGCAGUAGCAAUUCCUUGCAAGCUGGAGCCGGAUGAGAUUACCAAUUUCUGUUUUGAUUCAAAAGCAAAUAUUGCAAUUAAACCCGCCAAUCAAGAAGCAGCAAGCAAGGUGAAAGCAACAGUCGAGCAGCAGUCGUCUGAGUCCACCUCCGAAGAUGUGAAGAAAGCAGAGAAUAAAGCAGAGCGGAGGUGAAGUCAACAUACAUAGUGUGAAAAAUUACGGAACUGUUUCAAGUUUUUUUUUUUUUUGCCAACUCGU